AGAUACAGAGUGAGUGUAUGAGAGAGUUCCAGUCAGGCUCGAGACCGGCUCUCGCGCGCCUCAUUAGUACUCCAGUGCUCAGUGUUAGUGCUCAGUGUUAGUGCUCAGUGUUAGUGCUCAGUGUUAGUGCUCAGUGUUAGUGCUCAGUGUUAGUGCUCAGUGUUAGUGCUCAGUGUUAGUGCUCAGUGUUAGUGCUCAGUGUUAGUUUUACACAUUUUUAGCUGCGGACCAAAUUGGCGCGAUGUCCGAGUUUCUUUUAGCGCUUUUGACCCUAACCGGAUUAUUUCCUGUGUGUGACAUGACUUCGGUGUUCGGAGCUGAACACAUGUGUGAUGAUGGAGAGUUUCUGUGUGCAGACAGACAAGUGUGUGUGUCAGAGAACUGGCUGUGUGAUGGUGAAGCAGAUUGUCCAGAUUCUUCAGAUGAGACGCCAUUUCGCUGCAAUCAGGUCGAGAUGUCCUGUCCUCUGAACCACAUGCGUUGUGAGGGUACAGGUGUGUGUGUGUCGUUCUCUCGAGUGUGUGAUGGUGUGAAAGACUGUGAAGAUGAAGAUGAUGAAGGCGUUCACUGCAGAGAGCUGAUGAAGGACUGUAGAGAACUGCAGUGUGAGUUUGGGUGUGUGAGGAUGAAGACCGGUGCCGUGUGUUACUGUGAAGAUGGACUGGAGCUGGAAGACAAUGGGAGGACGUGCAGAGAUCGUGAUGAGUGUGCGGUUUAUGGUGUGUGUAGUCAGACAUGCGUGAACACACUGGGCUCAUAUCAGUGUGACUGUGUGGAUGGUUUCAGUCUCCAGUCAAACAGACGUUCCUGUAAAGCCAGAACUGAUCCUGGAGAUCAGCCGCUGCUGCUCCUGACAGCCAGCCUUUCUUCUGUAUUCGUAACUCACCUGAACGGAUCGCUGGUGUGCAAUCUGACACACACACCUUCAGGCCAAAUUCAGACGCUGGACUUUGUUAGUAUGGACUCAGUGAUGUGCUGGAUCUCACCGGGGCAGCUGUGGUGCGCUGAACUGAACACAUUAACUAACAGGAUAACAGAAAAACGACAAAUCAGGAUCUCACAGAGCCUGCAGAAUGUGGAACAUAUGGCCAUGGACUGGCUCACUGGAAACUUCUACUUUGUGGAUCGAGUGAGCGACCGGAUCUUUGUGUGUAGUGAGAAGCUAGAUAUGUGUGUGACUGUAGUAGAGCUGGACCUUCACAACCCCAGAGGAAUCGCACUGGAUCCAAUAACCGGGAAGCUGUUCUUCUGCGAUUACGGAAACGUAGCCAAGCUGGAGCGCUGCACUCUGGACGGAUCCCAGCGGAGCCGCAUCGUCCACACGGGGAUGGAGCAGCCCACAGCACUGACCCUGGACCUCGUUAAGGAGCUGGUUUACUGGGCUGACGUCUACCUGGAUGUUAUCGCGGUUGUGGAUUACGAUGGUGGAAACAGACACACGAUCAUCAGGGGGAAUUCAGUGUCACACCUACGCGGAUUAGCGCUCUUUGAGGACUUCCUGUUUGCAGCGUGUUCUGAACCCUCUAGAGGAAGUGCGGUGGACGUUUUGAGGAUAAACCGUUUUAACAGCAGCGACACACACACACUCAUCACACUUCAGAGUCUGAAAGAAGUGCGAGUUUAUCACAAACUCACUCAACCUACAGUGAAACCACACGCGUGUGAGGCAGAUGAACACGGCAGGAGAGGAGGAUGUGCACACAUGUGUGUCCUGGGAGACAGCUAUAAGUCACGAGUGUGUCGCUGUCGCACUGGAUACCUGCUCUUGGAUGAUGCAGUGUCCUGCAGAAAGGCGCAGGACGAGCCGUUCGUGGUGUACAGUAAAGGUCGUCCUGGGGUCAUUCGCAGUUUCGGGAUCGACGGAAGUUCACACGAUGAGCGGAUGAUUCAAAUCGAAGGUUUAGCAAACCCACGUGUCCUGGAUUUCCACGCUGCGAGUGACUACGUGUACUUUGCUGAUUCGACCGACUUCCUGAUCGGACGGCAGAGACUGGACGGAACCGGUCGGGAAACCGUCAUUAAAGAUGGUGUGUAUCAUGUAGAGGGGAUGGCAGUGGACUGGUUGGGUAAUAAUGUGUAUUGGACCAGUUUUGGACACAGGAAGUCUAUCAGCGUGAUGUGUGUGGAUCGAGGGACGGAGAGCAGGAGAACUCUGCUGGACGGAGGGAUGUUUCACCCCAGAGCUAUUGCUGUCGAUCCCAUUGGAGGCUGGAUGUACUGGACAGACUGGGAAGAGGGCGAGACGAACGACAGCAGAGGGAGGAUAGAGAAGGCAUGGAUGGACGGAUCUCAUCGGCAGGUUUUCGUCUCUUCUGACGUCCUCUGGCCGAACGGUUUGACGCUCGAACGCUCCACCGAGACCGUGUACUGGUGUGAUGCGUAUCACCGCCGCAUCGAGAAAGUCCAGUACGACGGCACACUCAGAACUGUGCUGUAUUUGGGAAAAGAGCUGGAUCACCCGUUCGGAAUCUCACACUAUAACACUUAUAUUUUCUUGAUGGAUUACGUGAACGCCUCCAUUUUCCGGCUGGAUGUCACAUCUGGUGAUGUUGUUGGUCUCAGGCAGGAAACGCCGCCACUGUUUGGACUCCAGGUUUAUGAUCCGCAUAAACAGAAAGGUAAUAAUGCGUGUGUGUUGCAGCAUGGUGGCUGUGGUGUAUCUGCUCUGUGUCUGGCUGUACCUGGAGGUCGUGUGUGUGCGUGUGCAGAUGACCAUCGCCUGCUUAAAGACAACCUCACCUGCUCAGCCUCUGCGGUUUUAUCAGACUGGAAACAUUGCGGUCCUGAUGAGUUUCAGUGCAGAAAUCAGCGCUGUAUUCAGCUCAUGUGGCGCUGUGACGGCGAUGAUGACUGUUCAGAUAGAAGUGAUGAAGAAACACAAAUCUGCUCGAAUCGCAGCUGUCCUCCUGAUCAGUUUAAGUGCCAGAACAGCCGCUGCAUCCCAAAAAAGUGGCUCUGUGAUGGAGCUGAUGACUGCGGCAACAAUGAUGACGAGUCUGACCUCAUCUGUGCAGCUCAGACGUGUCGAGUCGGUCAGUUCUCCUGUCAGAAUGGCCGCUGCAUCCCAGAGAGCUGGCGCUGUGAUCGGGACAAUGACUGUGGGGACGAGUCAGACGAGCCUUUGUGGUGCAGCUUUCCCUCAUGUUCUCCUCUUUCCGAGUUCAGCUGCUCCAAUGGCAGGUGCAUUAGCAGCAAAUGGCGCUGUGACUCAGAGGACGACUGUGGGGACGGCAGUGAUGAGCUGGAGUGUGUGCGUGUGUGUUCAGUCGGCCAGUUUCAGUGCUCCAAUGGGAAGUGUGUGCCAGAGCACUGGGUGUGUGACGGAGACGACGACUGUGGAGAUCAGAGUGACGAACACACAACCUGUACAGCAAUAGCCUCUGUUAGUGACUGCAGUGAGGCGGAGUUCCGUUGCCAUGGAGAUGGGUCAUGUGUCCCACAGCGAUGGCGUUGUGACGGCGAUGCUGACUGUGAAGACGGUAGUGAUGAGCUCAUGUGUAAUGGAGUGCACAGAGUGUGUGACCACAAAUCAAAGUUCACCUGUAAGAGCUCAGGAAAGUGCAUCUCUAAGAGCUGGGUGUGUGAUGGUGAUGAAGACUGUAAGGAUGGCUCUGAUGAAGAAGGGUGUGUGGUGUCAGUGUGUAAGCCUCCCUCGUUCCCCUGCGCUAAUGACACGUCAGUGUGUUUACCUCCGGAGCUGAUCUGUAACAGACAUGCCGACUGCACCGACCAAUCAGACGAGGGUUCCUACUGUGAUCAGUGUUUGAUGGAUAACGGUGGUUGUAGUCACGGCUGUGUUGUAGCUCCAGGUAAAGGAGUAGUGUGUGUGUGUCCUACCGGUUUGUUUCUGGGCUCUGACGGACACAGCUGUGGAUCACAGGACGUAUGCGCUAAACACACACGCUGCAGCCAAGUAUGUGAACAGCACACACACUCCAUCACGUGCUCCUGUUACCCAGGGUGGAGGCUGGAGGCAGAUGGAGACAGCUGUCAGAGCAUGGAUCCGUUUGAGCCGUUUGUGAUUUUCUCAAUCCGGCAUGAAAUUCGGCGCAUCGACCUGAAGACGGGAGAUUACAGCCUGCUGGUACCAGCUCUGAGGAACACCAUCGCUCUGGAUUUUCAUUUCAGUCAGAGGAUGCUCUAUUGGACCGAUGUGGUAGAGGAUCAGAUUUAUCGCGGCAAAAUCUCCGACAGCGGCGGUGUUUCUGAGAUGGAGGUGGUGGUUCAGCAUGGACUGGCGACUCCUGAAGGUUUAGCUGUUGACUGGAUUGCAGGGAACCUUUACUGGAUCGACAGUAACCUGGAUCAGAUCGAGGUGUCCAGGCUGAACGGAGACAUGCGCACUACACUGAUUGCUGGAGGAAUGGAGCAUCCUCGUGCCAUCGCUGUAGAUCCAGGGCAAGGAGCUCUGUUCUGGACGGAUUGGGACGCCAUGUUUCCUCGGAUCGAGGGCGCAUCAAUGAGUGGCUCCGCCCGCCAUGUGGUGUAUGAGGACAUGGAGGUAGGGGCGUGGCCUAACGGACUCACACUGGAUCAUCUGGAGAGGAGGAUUGUGUGGACAGAUGCCAGAUCUGAUGCUAUUUAUUCCUCCCUGUAUGAUGGAACCGGUUUGAGGGAGAUCCUGCGUGGUCAUGAGUUCCUGUCUCACCCCUUUGCCGUGUCUCUGUACGGAGGGAGCGUGUUCUGGACCGACUGGAGGACAAACACUCUGACAAAAGCCAGUAAAUGGACCGGUGCCAACGUCACGGUGAUACAAAAGACCAGCGCUCAACCUUUCGACCUCGAGAUCUUUCACCCGAGCCGCCAGCCUCAGACUCCUAACCCAUGUGACAGUAAUAGAGGGCGUGGUCUCUGCUCCCAUCUCUGUCUCAUCAACUACAAUGGUUCUGCUUCCUGUGCCUGUCCUUACCUGAUGAAGCUCUCUCCAAACAACCAGACAUGCCAAGCUGUGAAAAGGUUUUUGCUGUAUGCACGGAGAUCGGAAAUCCGAGGAGUCGACAUUGACAAUCCGUACAUCAACAUCAUCACCGCGGUGACGGUGCCAGACAUCGAUGACGUCACCGCUGUGGAUUAUGACGCAAGUGACGAGCAGAUUUACUGGGCUGACGUUAAAACCAGGACAAUAAAACGGGCCUCGAUUAACGGGACUAAGCUUGAAGCCAUCGUAUCUGGAGAUUUACUGAAUGUUCGAGGUUUAUCUGUGGACUGGUUGUCCAGGAACCUGUACUGGCUGAGCUCAGACAGUGACGAGACUCAGAUUAACGUCGCUCGUCUAGACGGCUCGCUCAGAACCGCUGUCAUUCACGGCAUCGACAAGCCAAAGUGCCUCGUCCUGCAUCCAGCUAAAGGGAAGAUGUUCUGGACUGACGGGAACACCAUAAACAUGGCCAACAUGGACGGCAGCAACAGCAAGAUCCUGCAUCAGAACCAGAAAGAUCCAGUCGGUCUGUCUAUAGACUACACCUCUAACAAACUCUACUGGAUCAACUCCGGAAACGGGACCAUUAACAGGUGUAACCUGGAUGGGAGUGGCCUGGAGGUGAUUGACAGCUUAAAGAAGGAGCUGAUGAAGGCGACAGCACUAGGGAUUAUGGGGGGUAAACUGUGGUGGGCAGAUGACGCUUUAGCUCAGAUCGGCACGGUGAGAAAGAAAGACGGACAAAACCUCGCGGUUCUGCGGACCAAAACCACAGGAGUGAUUCAGAUCAGAGUUUACGACAAAGACGGCCAAAAAGGUAAAAAUGUGUGUGUUCUGAAUAACGGUGGAUGUUCCCAGCUCUGCCUGCCCACCUCAGAACACAGUCGUAGCUGCUGGUGUAGUGCUGGUUACAGUCUGACGGCAGAUCGCUCCACCUGCCGAGGAGUGGACGCGUUCCUGAUGUAUUCGUCUCAGGACGGGAUCCGGGGCGUGUCCUUGGACCCCACCGAUCAUUCAGACACUUUAAUUCCCAUCUCGGGAACACUGCUAGCGGCCAGGCUGGACUUCCACGCAGGAAAUGACACAGUGUACUGGUCUGAUCUGGGAUCCAAUCAAAUCUCCCGAGCUGCUCGAGAUCAGACGUGGAGAGAGAACGUGGUCAGGACGGGCAUUGUGAGAGCUGAGGGAGUCGCAGUGGACUGGAUUACAGGGAAUGUUUACUGGACGGAUCACGGUUCUGAUCUUAUCGAGGUGUCUCGACUGAACACAGUGUAUCGGGCCGUUAUCAUCUCCGAAGGACUCGAUCAGCCUCGAGCCAUCGCCGUGCAGCCGCUGGAAGGUCUCCUGGUCUGGACAGAAACGGGACAGUCCCCGAAAAUCAGCAGAUCUCGUCUGGACGGAUCGGAGCGGACGGUCCUCGUUAACUCGGAACUGGUCUGGCCGAGUGGCGUCGCUAUAGACUAUCAGGAAAAUAAGUUGUACUGGUGCGACACACACACACACAGGAUCGAGAGAAUCGACCUGUACACCGGCAAGGAGCGAGAGAUUGUACUGAAAGAUAACCAGGCUGAUCUUUUCUCCAUCGCUGUAUACGGCUCUUACCUCUACUGGUCUGACAGGUCCUACUCUAACGGCUCCAUUCGGCGCGGCUCUAAGAUCGAUGCCUCGGGUGACGUGACGCUGCGCAGCAAUCUGGGGAAAAGUCUGAGGGACGUGAAGGUGUUCAGCCGAGAGCGCGAGCAAGGUAUGAAUGAGUGUGGCCUCAGUAAUGGAGGCUGUAUGCAGCUGUGUUUUUACCUGGGGAGUAACAGGAAGUCGUGCUCCUGCGCUCAGGGUCACUUGGCUCCCGAUGGCGUGUCGUGUCGUGUGUAUGACGUCUACCUGUUGUACGGCGAGAGGACGGCGCUGAAGAGCAUUCACAUCUCAGACGCAGGAAAUCAAGCACACGACACACCUGUCCCAUCAUACCGACGUCCGGAGUAUUUCAAAAACAUCAGCGCUCUGACCUUCGAAUACAGACAGCCGAGAAACCGCAUCUUCUUCAGCGACGCCCAUUACGGCAACAUCCAAGUGAUUAACGACGACUGGACAGGACGCCGCGUGCUCGCUGACGAAGUAGGUUCAGUGGUGGGUUUAGCGUAUCAUCGUGGUUGGGACGCAUUAUACUGGACCAGUGCCACUGCCUCUACCAUCACACGACACUCACUGGACCAGAGCCGAGUCGGAGCCUGGACCCGGGACACGGUGGUCCACAUGGACAGAGAUGAUCGCCCUCAUGCCCUCACGCUGGAUGAGUGUCAAAAUCUGAUGUUUUGGACUAACUGGAGUGGGAGGAAGCCGAGUAUAUUGAGGGCCUCAGUGUGGGGCCGGAGUGUGCGUGUGAUUGUCAGUGAGAGACUCGUGACACCGAGCGCUCUGGUAAUUGACCCUCGAGCAGAGAAACUCUACUUCUCUGACAGCACUGUGGGCUCUGUGGAGAGAUGUGAAUAUGACGGUUCUCUCAGACAUUUGGUGACAAAGGCGAGCUCUGCCUCCAUCUCCGGCCUUGUGCUGUACAGAGACUUCCUGUUCUGGUUGGAUGGAGCGCACCAGGCUGUGAUGCGUGCUGAUAAACUCACGGGAGACAACAUCACUGUCAUCACAGACCAAAUAUCCCAGCAGCCCAUGGGCAUCAUCGCUGUGGCUAACGACACACACCGCUGUGAGCUGUCUCUGUGUAAUGUGAAUAAUGGAGGCUGCAGUGAUCUCUGCCUUCUGACCCCUAAUGGCACGAUGACCUGCGCAUGUCGAGGAGAGAGAAUACUGCAUGAUAACAGAUGUGUAUUGCUGAACUCCUCCUGUAACACACUGUCCGAGUUUCAGUGCACUAAUGGAGAGUGUAUCGACUAUGAGCUGGCAUGUGAUGGUGUUGGCCACUGCAAGGACAAAUCUGAUGAGAAGAGAGAGUACUGCGAUAAGCGUGAUUGUAGAGGAGGUUAUAAACUCUGUAAUAAUCAGCGCUGUGUAGCGCACACUCGUUUCUGUGAUGGAGUGAAUGACUGUGGUGAUAACUCAGACGAAGCCCACUGCAACAGUGUGUGCUCAUCUUUGGAGCAGCGCUGCGCAGACGGGUCGUGUGUGUCGCAGACGUCCUGGUGUGAUCAGAUCAUCGACUGCACAGACGCCUCAGACGAGAAGAACUGCAGUCAUGUAGACUGUGUUGAUUACCACCGGUUGGGGGUGCGAGUGUAUGACCACGUCUUCCUCAGGUGUAACUCCACAUCUCUGUGUGUUCUCCCACACUGGGUGUGUGACGGAGUUGAUGACUGCGGUGAUAACUCAGAUGAAACACACUGCCAUGCUGCGGCUUCUUCGGGUCAGGUGUGUGCAGAUGGUCUGUUCUCAUGUCCCAGUGGAAGUUGUGUCUCUACCGCAUGGCUGUGUGAUGGACAGAAAGACUGUAAGGAUGGAGAGGAUGAGCUGCAUUGUGAAACCUCCUGUGCAUUUGAUCAGUUCUCGUGCUCCAUGAGCAGAUGUGUGUCUCAUCAGUGGUUGUGUGAUGGAGAAGACGACUGCGGUGAUGGAGCUGAUGAAAACCCUGAGCUCUGUGGUUCAGUAUCAUGUGCCCCUGGUGCGUUCCGCUGCCCCGAGUCAUAUGUGUGUGUGUCAAGACGCUGGCUUUGUGAUGGAGAGAGAGACUGUCCGGAUGGUAGUGAUGAACUCACCACAGCUGGCUGUGCUCUGAAUCUCACCUGUGCUGAUGAGGCGUUUCGGUGCAGUAAUGGAGUCUGCAUUCCACAGCGUUUUGUGUGUGACCGUGAUGAUGACUGUGGUGACGGAUCUGAUGAGUUGCUCCAGUGCAAAUAUCAUGCCUGUGGGAAGGCGGAGUUUCAGUGCUCAGAUGGGCGGUGCUUACCCAGCGUCCAGUGGGAGUGUGAUGGUUUCCCAGACUGUCUCGACCAAUCAGACGAAGCGCCAUUGAACCCGAAGUGUUCAGCUGCAGAAAGUUUGUGCAACGGCUCAUUCUUCAUGUGCGCUAAUGGCCGCUGUGUCCCGCUGCCGAGUGUGUGCAAUCUCCAUGACGACUGCGGUGACCAAUCAGACGAGAGCAACUGCAACGUGAACGAGUGUUUGAACCGGAGAGUCAGUCAGUGCACGCAGGACUGUCAGGACCUGCCUGUGGGUUACAAGUGUGUGUGCUGGCCUGGUUUCCGUUUGAAGACAGAUGGACGGACAUGUGUGGACGUUAACGAGUGUGUGAGUGGAUUCCCGUGCAGCCAGCAGUGCAUCAACACGUAUGGGUCAUACAAGUGUGUGUGUGCGGACGGAUACAAACCUCUGGAGACGGACACACACAGCUGCAGAGCUGCCUCGGAAGAAGAGCCCUUUCUGAUUCUGGCCGAUCAUCACGAGAUCAGACGCAUCAGUGUGGACGGCUCCAACUACACACUGCUAAAGCAGGGUCUCAGUAAUGUUCUCUCGUUGGACUUUGACUACAGAAGAGAUUUGAUGUUCUGGAUUGACAGCAGUCGCCCAAGUGGGCGCAGGAUCAACAGGAUGCGCAUUAAUGGGAGCGAUCUCAAGGUGAUCUACAGGACCUCGGUGCCGAACGCCCUGGCAGUCGACUGGAUCGGUAAAAACCUGUACUGGUGUGAUGCUGAAAGAAAAACCCUUGAGGUAGCGAAGGCUAACGGACUUUACCCCACCGUCCUGAUCAACUCUGGCCUUCAGAAUCCUUCCUCUCUCACACUGGACCCUUUAACUGGAUAUGUUUUUUGGAUCGACUGCUGUGAGCAUCCACACAUCGGACGGAUGGGAAUGGACGGCAGCGACCCGCGAGCGAUUCUCAGUACAGACACACACACUCCAUCUGCGCUCACUAUCGACUACGUCAACAGCAGGAUCUACUGGGCAGACGGGAACCAUAUCCUGUUCUCAGACAUGGACGGCUCGAAGACACACAGAGUGCCUAACAGGGACAUGGGCGAGGUGACGAGUCUCACCCUGUUUGAGGAUUUUCUCUACUGGAGUGAUCAAAAGAGAAGAACGCUGAAUCGAGCUCAUAAAACCUCUGGAGAGAGGCAUGUGGAACUGCUCAGCUCCUGGCAAACCAUCCGGGACAUUAAAAUUUAUCAUCCUCUGCGCCAACCAGACGUUGUGAAACAUCAAUGUCAGGUGAAUAACGGAGGCUGCAGUCACCUGUGUCUGUUGUCUCCGGGCGGAGCCUAUCGAUGUGCAUGCCCCACCCACUUUUACCUGGCCAAUGACAGCAAGACCUGCCUUUCUAACUGCACCUCCAGCCAGUUUCGAUGUGGUACAGAUGAGUGUAUUCCGUUCUGGUGGAGGUGUGACACGGUGGAUGACUGUGGUGACGGAUCAGAUGAACCUGCAGACUGUCCGGAGUUUAAGUGUCAGCCGGGUCGCUUCCAGUGCGGCUCGGGUCUCUGCGCUCUUCCUCCUUUCAUCUGCGAUGGAGAGAACGAUUGUGGCGAUAAUUCCGAUGAAGCCAACUGUGAAUCAUAUAUCUGUCUAUCCGGACAGUUUAAAUGCACCAGGACCCAUAAGUGUAUCCCAGUGAACCUGCGCUGUAACGGACAGGAUGACUGUGGAGACGGAGAGGAUGAACACGACUGUCCUGAAAACACAUGCUCUCCAGCACACUUCCAGUGUAAGACCACCAUGCACUGCAUCUCCCAGCUGUGGGUGUGUGACGAGGACCCGGACUGUGCCGACGGGUCUGACGAGGCUGACUGUGAUGAGAAGACAUGCGGCCCACACGAGUUCCGCUGUAGAAAUAAUAACUGCAUCCCAGAUCACUGGAGGUGCGACGGCCAGAGCGACUGUGGAGACAAUUCAGACGAGGAGAACUGCAAGCCAUUGACAUGCAGCUCGAAGGAUUUUGUGUGUGCUAACGGAGAGUGUGUGUCCCCACGCUUCCGCUGUGAUGGAGACUUUGACUGCACCGACAACUCUGAUGAGCGUGGCUGUGAGAGCCACUGUGCUGAUGGUCAGUUUCAGUGUGAGAAUCGGCUGUGUAUCUCUGCUAAGUGGGUGUGUGACGGACAGGAAGACUGUAAGAACGGAGAGGAUGAACUCAACUGUAAACCAGCCAACACGGCCAUGACUGCCGGAGCAUCUUGCAGUAAGAGUGAGUACGUGUGUGCAGAAGGAGGAGGUUGUGUGUCAGCGACUUCACGCUGUGACGGGAAGAACGACUGUGCAGAUGGAUCUGAUGAAGUGGACUGCACUCGGGAGUGUAAUCAGAACGAGUUUGUGUGUCAUAACCGUGCUCACUGUGUUCCUGCUGUGUGGCGAUGUGAUGGUGUUUUCGACUGUUUGGACCACAGCGAUGAAGAAAACUGUACACAUGGUGCGGUAGUGUGUCGUCCAGACGAAUUUGUGUGCAAUAACACACUGUGUAAGCUGCGUGUGUGUGUGUGUGACGGAGAGGACGACUGUGGGGACAACUCAGACGAAGCUCCAGAAAUGUGUGUGAAGUUCCCAUGUCCUGAGGCGAGACCUUUCCGCUGCAGGAAUGACAGAGUGUGUGUGCACACAGAGCAGGUGUGUAAUGGAGUGAACAACUGUGGGGAUAACUCUGAUGAAGAGGAGUGUGUGGAUGUGGGCGGAGUCAGCAUGUGUGGGAAGGCGGAGUUUGCGUGUAUGAACAGUCGCUGUAUCUUGGCUGAGCUGCAGUGUGACCUGUUUGAUGAUUGUGGAGAUGGAGGUUCGGACGAGCACGACUGUAAACCAUUGGAAGCCGGCUGUAAAGGAAGUGUGUGUGGUGAUGAUGCUUUCUGCAAUCAGACAGCCGAUCGAGCGGUGUGUCAGUGCAGAGCGGGUUUCAGGAGAGACCAACAGAGUAAACAGUGUGAGGAGGUAAACGAGUGUGUGUUGUUCGGGACGUGUUCUCAGUACUGCUCUAACACUAAAGGGUCGUAUAAAUGCAGCUGUCACAGGAACUUUAAAGAGAUUAACGGCGAGUGCAUCACUAAAGGCCCAGAUGAUCAGGUCCUUUAUGUAGCAAAUGACUCAGAGAUCCACAGAUUUGUGUAUCCGUUUAACCGAACACACACACACACGCUUUUUGCGCGUUUUACCCAGAACACACACGUUGUCAGCAUGGACGCUCUUUUCCACCGCCACAAGUUCAUCUGGGCCACUCAGUUUAACCCUGGGGGCAUUUUUCAAAGAGACCUGGGAGACAGAAUCACCAGCAGGAGUCAUGGUGGAACUGUGUGUCCAGGUUUCCGCCGUCCGGUUGAUCUCUCAGCUGAUUGGGUGACGGGGUCUCUGUACUGGAUCGAUCAUUCUCCUCUCAUCACCCCGUCUGCACCACCCUCACUGCAUCACUCCAUCAACGUGGGAAAUAUUGUAGGAGAAAACUGCACACGGCUCAUCGUUGACCUGCAGGGGGAGCCGUUCUCCAUCACCGUUAACCCCGCACAAGGGAUGAUGUACUGGUCUGUGGUUGCUGAUCGCUCUCACAUUGAGGAAUCAGCAAUGGACGGAUCACUGAGGCGUGUUUUAUUAGAAAAGAACCUGCGUCGUCCUACAGGUUUAGCCAUUGAUUAUUAUGGUGACAGAGUGUACUGGGCCGACUCCGAGCUCUCCGUUAUCGGCAGUGUAAGAUUCGAUGGAUCGGAUGCUCAGGUGGCUGCCAGCAUACAACAUGGUGUGUCUCAGCCGUUCCGUAUCGAUGUGUUUGAGGAUUAUAUUUACGCCACAGCGCUGAACCAUCGUGUGUUCCGUGUUCACAAAUACGGCAGACAACGAGCCAGCACGCUUCAGCUGUCUGUACAGGGAGCCUCCAGUGUACUGGUGUUUCACCGAUAUAAACAACAGGAGGUGUUAAACCCAUGUGUGAGGAUGAACUGUGAAUUUCUGUGUCUGUUGAACCCGAGUGGGGCGAGAUGUGUGUGUCCUGAAGGGAAAUCUCUCAUCAACAGGACAUGUGUAGAUACCAGGAGCAGAGGUGGUCCAUGUCUGGCAGUGUGUUUGAAUGGAGGACGGUGUGUGUUGAAUGAGAGAGGACAGGCUCGGUGUGUGUGCAGGUCAGGGUUCUCAGGGGAUCAGUGUGAAACUGAUCACUGCAUUGGAUACUGUCACAACGGAGCAUCCUGUUCUACUACUGUAAUAGGAAGGCGUGUGUGUCAGUGUGUGUUGGGGUUUUCUGGGGUGGUGUGUGAAAGGAGUGUGUGUGAUGGUUUCUGUCUGAACAGUGGAUCGUGUGGCGUUACCGCGGGCAACCAGCCAUUCUGCCUCUGCAGUGCUGAAUACACUGGAGAACGCUGCUCUCAACAUAUCUGUCAGCAUUACUGUGUGAACUGGAAGACAUGCUCUGUGUUGAGUGCGGGUCGUGUGGAGUGUGUGUGUCCAGAGCGCUAUGAGGGUGUGAGGUGUGAGACAGACCGCUGUGUCCACUGCAGAGACGCGCCAUGUUUCAUACACAACGCCACUGGAGAUGUCUUCUGCAACUGCUCUAGUGGGAAGAUUGCGUCCAGUUGUCAUGUGUGUGAUGGUUAUUGCUCUAAUGGAGGAACCUGUCAUCUCGACUCUGAGACAUCUCUACCCUUCUGCCAGUGCUCGGUGAACUGGACCGGCACUCAGUGUGAACAACCUACAAACAACAACAGCAGGAAUGACAUCAUCAGUGGGAGGAGCAUUGGCAUCAUCGUUCCUCUGGUUCUGCUGGUGUUGAUCAUUGCCACAUUAACAGUUGGUCUCCUCAUCUGUAAACGACGAAGAGGGAAGCGUGUUCAAAGGCAGCCGAUGGCUAACGGAGGCCUGAACUUGGAGAUCGGAAAUCCAUCAUACAACAUGUAUGAACUGGAACACGACAGUCACAUGGACGUGGGGGAGGUCCUGCACCCCAACUUCACCCUGCACCCACAAAAGGGCUGGUGUGUGAGGUCAAGUGAACCUCGACUUCAACCCACACACACACUGCCAUCACGAACUCUCCCUGUGCACCCAGUGCCCACAUCUUUUAUUCCAGGACAGGCGGUGAACUUCUCCACUCGGGCGCACACAGACGAGCGGCAGCGCCGUAAAGCCAUGGCUCGACCGAGAGACAGGAGAGAUGUUUAUCUCAGAAGACUGGAAGGCGCCAUACACGAAACGGCCACCUGAAACUAGCUUUUCCACAAAUCCUGCAUAUUUUUUACUGAUAGACUUUACACAAGAGACUUUUUAUAUAACCGAUCAGGUGGCCGUUGGCUUUGUUCUAUCAGUGCCGUAUUUACCUUUAGACUGUCUAUAUAAAGGAAACCUGCUCUGAGCUGCUCACCUCCAUGUGAAGACUGUUAUGUAGGGUUUUAUUUCAUUCCUCACACACUACUGUAUGUAUGAUGUAAUCACCUCUUCUGUGCACACAUAUUGUAGAGCAAAUGUUUGACAUCAAAACACCACAAACACCUGAUGUUUCAUCACACCUGAGCCACACAUCAGUCCACUGACACCUUCCGAAGCUCAUCUUCACUCUUCAGCAUCAUCCGGUGAACAGAAUUCCAGGAUCUCCUUACACUGAUCAUGAAGUAGAACAGACUGGUGAAGGACUCGGCGUCCGCCAGCUCUCUCUCCAGACCGCAUGUCAGUCGUGUGUGUGUGUGUGUGUGUGUGUGUGUGUGUGUGUGUGUGUGUGUGUGUGUGUGUGUGUGUGUGUGUGCGUGUGUGCGCGUGUGUGCGUGUGUGCGUGUGUGUUUUGAGCAUUGUGUGUCAGAGCGUUUAGUGGCACGUUCCUCAUGAUGUAUACUAGGUGCACAUUUACUAAAUAAUAAUUUAGAUUUUAUUUUUGAUAUUUUGGAGCGGCUGUAAGAUGAUGCUGUAAGAUAUCAGUGCUCUUUAUAUGAGCGGUGAAAAAGUCUGACUGAAACAGAAAGUGUUUUCUUGUUGCUUUGAGUUGGAUUUAUUUAUCUUAUUUAUCUUAUUUAUUUAUUUAUUUGUUUGUUUAUUUAUUUAUUUGUCCUUAUAUUUAUUUAGGUGAUUUGUGUGGAAACGGUUUCAGUUUGUUGAAUUGCAUUAAAACGAUCAACACCCAAAUCAACACCCG